UAUGGCAUCAACACAGCUGUGCAGGCAUCCACAAAGUAUUCGCCAUUCUUUUUGAUGUUUCACCGGCAUCCACGCCUCCCAGAGGUUUUGAACGCCUGCGAAAGGGGAGACCAUUUUGAAGUGGGAAACCCAGAGGACACCAUUGGUGCCAAUGUGUCAAAUGUGAUUGAGCUAAAUGAGAAGGUGCUGAACAAUAUUCGCCAAGCCCAAAACAGGCAAAAGAAGGGAUAUGAGGCCAGAAAGAAAAAAGUUAAACCCUUCAGAAUCAAGGUAGGAGAUAAGGUCCUUAUCUCACAGGAUCCAAGGAAGAUGUCCCUGAAAGGCCUCUCUCCACGGCAUGAGGGACCAUAUGUAGUGGUUGGGAUGACCCCAAAAGGUGUUGCCACUGUCUUAAAAAGUGAUGGAAGUAAAAAGAGGCAGAAUGUGUCACGGCUAAGGCCGUACUACAGUCUGGAGAAUCAGGAACCCUCCAUUGCGACAUUCCACCACGACCACCAGUACCACCCCACUGAAGAAGCAGAUGGCCACCUCUACUCCUUCAGUGGACCAAAAUGGAGAAAAACAUUGGGUCCUCUUCAGCAUGAAUUGCUGGAAUACGUCCUGGACAAGGCCCGUCCAGCCAAUGAGCUCAUCAUAAAAGAUGGAACUGUGUGCCUGACCCGUGAAGAGUUUAUGUCUCUUGGAAAAAAUCAGUGGAUGGACUCUCAAGGUAAAAAUGUCCACAUUGUGGACAUGUUUGUGGUUCCAACAUGGAAAGACACAGGAAAUCCCCUGCUUGGCCUGCCGGACAAUGUGGCUUCAUUGGAUGCCGUCUUGUUUCCGUCAUGGAGCAGACAGCAGGAUCGGGCAGAUCACUACAUGCUAUGUGCGUUGCUACCAUUGAAGAAGGAGAUUUUAUUUCUGGAUUCCCUUCUUCCAGGUGGCUUCGGAGAUGAAGCAUACCAGGCUAUAUUUAGGUUGAAAACAGAAAAAAUAGUUGGGCCUGUUCUUUGGACAGUCCAGGUUAUGGCAUGCUGUUCAAGCUGUUAUUUAUUCAGUUCAUGGAGCCCCGUUCUGUGGCUUCCAUCUUCAGGUUAGGCCCUGUUCUGUGGCUUCCAUCUUCAGGUUAGGCACUGUUCUGUGGGAUUAUGUGGUAAUUGACUUUUUUUUUCAUAAACCUGUUAUGUUAUCCACUUGUUUGACUUUGUUUUUUAUGUUUAUAUUAGACAAGUGGCAAACAGCAUCAGCAAUGGAGGUUGGAAAGAAAAGACUGGGAGUGAUUUUGAGAACUUUCCUGUGCAAACAAACUCCAACCCCUGUGGCGUCUUCAUGCUUAUGUCUGCCCUCAGCAUUUGCACGGACACACCAUUUGACUUUACAGAAAGUGACAUGCCAGCCAUCCGCAGGUGGUGGUGUGUUCAAUUGAUGGAGAGGUUCUGCAUUGAAGGGCAUGGACAUCGAUUCGCUUUCUGGACGGAGGAGUCGAAGGCCUUGCUGGAGGGAAGGUUGACGCCAGUAGUUAGACUGCCUCGCAGUAGGACAACCCAGGAGCACCCCUUCAUUAGGGACCUCAAACCAGCACUGCAGUGGCUUCGGGACAACCACAGCAGCCUCAAGGGGGAUUUUCAAGAGCCAGCCUUUCUGCGCAUGAGCCCAA